UAGGACAAUUUAUAAAUGUUAAUUGACACAUAGGUUCAUAGAACAAUAUAAUAACCGAGACUCGCUGGACGCUGGCGCCGAGCGCUUGACCGGCGCACCGGACGGGGUUUUGGGUACCUAACCGUCCGUACAAUAAUACCAUUAUAAUACGCCUACCAACACCCUCGACGAUCGGACGCGGAGCGAUAAAAGGAAAAAUAAGAGAGCUAUAUAGUGAGAGGUAGUGUGUGUGUGUGUGUGUGUGAGAGAGAGAGAGAGAGCGAGAGAGGGACGAAAAACAAACACGAGCACCUGUUUUGACUGUGGCCUCUCGUCGUGACGGCCGAUCAUUUAUGUACGGUCCCUUUUUUUUUUUUUCUAUUUUUCGAAUUUUUUCCACCCGCGAAACGAACGAGCGUGUAAUCGCGUUUAUAUAAUAUAAUAAUAAUAAUAAUUUACGAUUAUAAUAUUACUGUCGUACCCUAUCCCCGCCCGUGUCCGCUGGUGUGCGACACAAAUCGUCGCCCCGACGCGCGCGAGCGUCCCGACGGUAGUCGCCGUCGUCGUCCGCAAGUACGCGGACCGCGUAAUGCCAUUAUCAAUACUAUCCGAAUAAUAAUAAUAAUAAUAAUAUUGUAUUAUUAUUAUUAUUAUUAUAAAAAUAUUAUAAGUAUUGCGUAUACGAUCGGUAGCGAUACGCGAGCGCCCGCCGCCGCCGCCGCCGCAUGGCGCGUUUACCGGCCGCGGCGUGGUACUUGUUGCCGCUGUGCGUUACGGCCGCCGUCGUGUGCACGCUCAAGCACAAGCAGCAGCAGCAACAGACGAAAAAAGACAACCUGUCCCUGUGGAUCGACGAGCAGCAAGUGAAAAUGUACAGCGGUGAGCGUUGAUUAUUUUUUCGUUAAAAACAUUUUUCGUUGCAGCAUUGUCGUAUAAUGUAUCGUUUCAGCUGUAACAAACCCUAAACUGAUUCUAACCCGUCCAAAAAAAGUACCGCGAUAAAACCCUGAUAUGGGUAGCCGAUGUUUGUCGCUACAUAACAAUAAUAAUAAUAAUACGUUAUUUUAACAACGUUGAUAUUCAUAUAAGUAUGUGCAGUUUAAAAAAAAAAAAAAAAAAAUCAAGUGUAUAAUUUAUUAUCGUCGUUGUUCGAAUUAUAAAUACUAAAUAAUAAAUAAUAGGUGCAUUUUAUUUUAUGCCAUUAAUACAAUCGAUAAAACCCGUUUAAAAUAAGUAAAGAGACAAGGAGAAAACAAAAGUUUAUUUUAUUAUUGGUUGUACUCCGUGUGAAAAGAUAAAUUGUAAAUUAGUUAAAUGAAAUUGUGUCUAUUUAUUAUUGAUAAUAAAACAAAGAAAUUUCAGUUUUAAACUAUCGCACUGUAAUAAUACGUAUUCUAUAGAAAAUGUUUGCGUUUAACUUUAUAAUAUUAUAUUACCAUCUCAUAACUGAUCAAAGUUGGACAAGUUAACCAAUUGUUUUAACUAAUUUAAUUUGAGUUACCCUAAAAAAAAAAAAAAUCAUAAUUAUAACAAUGCUAAAUUUAUGUUAACUUUAAAAUAUAAAUGAAUUUGAGUAGGUAAACAAGUUAAGUUACACGUUUUUAGGAAAGUAUAAACUUAAGUUGAAAGUUAUUUUUUAAAAACUCAUAAAUGUAUUUCGUACUCAGAUAUUUUAACUUAUAUAUAGACCGCCAUGGCCAUAAAGGAAUAAUAUUCACAAUUUACGUAAAAAUACGUAAUUUUCACCAAAAAUUAAAUACAAAAAACUGGUAGGUAUACAUAAUUUUCUUCCAUUUUAAUAAAAAACCAAGUAAAGAAAAAUUAUUUAUUAAUAGAAACAACUAAGUUUUUUCAAUUAAGUAUUUUUUAACAUACUAUUUUUUUCAACUAGUUAAGUUAGCUUUUAACUUAACAAGAAAAAUUCCUAUCUAACUUAAAACUAUUAACUUCUUGACUAGUUAUUACCCAGUUUUAAUUUUAAAUUUAAUAAAAGAUAGGUAAUAUAUUAAUAAUUUAAUAAUAUAUAUGCAUUAUUUGUUGUCGCCGUUUUACAAAUAUACGAAAUAGUAAAUUUGCGUUCAGCGAAACCAAUUUUCAUCUGUCAGUUUUAGUGAAUACUAAAACUGUAGUUGUGUAUCUUAUAAUUAGGGUAGUAAAAAACCUUAAAAAUGUAAAAAAAAAAUGCAAUAAAAUGUGCAUUUAAAGUCUCUAAAAAUGUAAUAAAAAUGGUUUUUAAUUUAAUUCUUAUAUUUAUUUAAUAAAAAAAAAUUAUAAAAUGUCGAAUUCGAAUUCGAAUAUUGAAUAAGUUUUCUGCAAUAUUGCCUUAUUUUUAUCGAAUCCUGAUCUUUACCUAACCCGUAUACAACUUGUAUAAAAUAUUGUUUUAUAAAAUAUAAAUUUGACGUACAUACGCGUAGCCUGUGUAAAACAAAAAAUAUGUGUGUAAUUGAUGGAAUUUGAUUAAAAAUACCUGAAAAUUAAUUAAAAAAGAAAAUAUGACUUAAAAAAUCCAAAAAAUGACAAAAAAUUUAAAAUGUCGAAAAAUACAAAAUAAAAGUUUCAUAAAUGAAUUUGUUGUUAAAUACAUAAUAUAAAUUGUUAGAAAGCUACGUUUCACAAUACGUUAAAAAAAAUGCACUUUCCUAAAAAAUUCACAGCCCUACUAUUAUAAUAUAAAAAAUACCAGAUCCGUCAGUUUGUAACGUUUUUUUUUUUUUUUGUUACAUUAAUAAUGUGAAUUGUAAAGUUUAGGUUCAAAUCGAAAUUUAAAUACAAAUAACAAAAUUUAAAGAGGAGAAUAUUAAUUUUGAGGGCUGUAUGUAUCUGCUAUAUGCUUUUUUUAUAAAAAAAAAAUGUCUAUACAAAAUAGUUACAAAUAGUCUUUUUUUUAAAAAAUUAUUAAUUCUUUAAUUUUUGUUUGUUUUGUGAUUAAAUUAUAAUUUUUAUUUAAACGCCACAAUUCACGUUCUAUGUAACGUAAUUUUAGUAGGUUGCACGUUAAUAAGACGGAGACAACACAUGCGGGUAUAACAUCCUGUUAACCAAAAAACUAUAGACGUACCCACAUCCCACAUACUUAUAAUUUAAUCUUUGUAAUAAUUACGACUACAAUACAACUAUAUGUCAUAGUGCACCCAAUUUCUUAAAUUGCAAAUACGCAUCAAGCAUUGGUCGUUGCAGUAAAUUUUAUUGUGUUUGACGUACAAUAAAUUAUUUUCAGUUGAUCUUGAUGAAAUGAUUAAAGAAUCAUUUAACAUCAUUUAUAAGUCAGCGCCCAGUUUUUGUACGUAAUAAUGAUUGUUUUUAAUGUAAACAAUAAAUUAAAACGUCUGAUUUCAUUCAAAUUUGCCUGUAAAAAAUGUUUUGAACAUUUUAAAAAUUUCAAUGACCGUUAUAACCUGUCAUGUAUGACGGGCAUACAACUAAUAUUUAAAUAAUGUUGUGUAUCUACUUAUCCAACAACAAAAAUUAUUUUUGACAAUCUUAUUAGGUACCAGAUAAAAUAUUGGAUUAUUUUAACUUUAACUCAUUAUUUUUCAUAACAUAUAAUUAUCAUUACAAUGUUAUAAUCAAAAUUCAAUUUAAAAAUAUAUCAACACACUAUAUUCAGUAUUACCUACCUGUAUUAAUAACAUUAUACAAUUAUGACCUUUGCAUGCAAUUUGUAUAACUUUGACAAAAUCUAUACUUAAAAAUAUAAUUAUUACUUUGAAUGCUCUUUUUGUGAAACUUCGAAUAAAUCUAUUUAGAUGUAGGUAGGUAUUAUUUUUAGAAACUGCAGUACCUACCUAGUACCUAUACUACUACUUUUUAAUGAUAUGCAGUACCAAUAAGCAAUAAAUAUUGUUCAAGGACGCGCGUUUGAAAUGUGAAUACAAAUAUAAUAAUAUAGUCAUGUUGAAUACAUAAGUUUUUGUUUAAGAGUAAGAAUUGAAAUUCUCAUUUUUUUUAUUUGAACGAUAAAUGUUCUUUUUUAUGGAUGCACAUUUUAUUUACAAUAAAGACGAACGAAAACGGAGAAAUACAUAUUUCCGAUUAUAUUAUAUUAUAAUUAUUAGUAUUAAUACAUUAAAUAUUUUUGUUAUUUAUUAAUUAUUCACCAUACGCGUGAUUAAGAUGUAACUCUUUAUAUAUUAUAUUCGAUAAAAACAAAAUUAUUUAAACGUAUAUAGGUAUUAUUAUUUUAAUAUGGUUGAUUGUAAUAAAAUUGUGUAAUAUAAUAAAUUAUUAACAUUAAACAUAUUAUAAAUUAUUAUUCCUUAAUCCUUAAAUUCGGUAAAAUUGAAACUAUUUCCCAUAAAGGUAGGUAGGUUUCUUUAUAAGUGAAUUACCUAUAUGGAUUAUUUUACAAUCUUUUGUUUAAAUUGUUUACGUAGGUACAGUUUUAACGUCAAUAAUAUUUUCGUUAUGUUUAUCAAACGAUUAAUGAUCUAAGUAUUAAACUGCAAUAACAGUUAUGUUUAAAAAAAUGUACAUUUAAUUAUAUUACACAUAGGUAUUUAAUAUUUAGAUCCGUAAGCCAUUAAUCGUUGCCCUUAUAAAUGAUAUCUUUACAUAAAAAAAAAUAUUACCUAAUAUAUGCGUCAUCAAUAAUUUAAAAAUCUUUAAUAAUAUUUAGUAAACUAUAUCGGAAUAAUCAAAUGUAUUUAUUUUACGAGUAUAAAAUAAUUUUUACUCACGUAUAAUUUGUGUACCUUAUAUAUCUUGGCCUUAAAAACAAAUAAUCGUUUUAAUACGAUUUCUUUUUAAACUGACCAUAUGCUGUUGGCACGGUGUAUUGAGUAAAUAAACAAACAUGCAUGGGAGAUUUUUCGAAAAACUAUUACCUAAAAAAAAAAAAAAAGUGAAAUACACUAUUCUAAUGUAGAUUAUUUGACAGCGGAUUAUGAGCCGUUGAACUCUCUGGGUGUCCGACAAAGAACAAAUAGUAUUAUAAAAUAUGCACUUAUUCUCAUUAUGCAUUAUCAAUGUAUCUACUCAACAUUUUUCGGACUCCUGUCGAAUUAUAUAGACACCCUAUUAAAGUAUUAACUAAACAAACUUACUAUAAUAAGUACAUAUACUUUUUUUAUAGUACAUUUAUAGAUAAUAUUAUGGUAAAUAAAUAUAAGGCCAGUCGAUGUUUUGUAUUGAAGGUCAUAAUAUAUUUUACUGAAAUAGGAAUACAUUUACAUAUUAUAUACGAGUAUAUAAUAUAUUAUACAGUGCUUGAAUUGGAAAAAUAAAAGAAAGGGGACUAUGUGACAAAAAUAUUUAAUGUCCCUUGACUUCAACCUAACUCUAAUUUGUCAAAAAAAAUAAUAAAAUCCACUACAUUUAACACGACCCACAGUAUACACACAUUUUAGACAAACUAAAUUAACAUUAUUAAUUAUAAAAUUAUUAGAGCUACAUAAUUAAUUAGUAACAAUUUUAUACUUUAAAUAAUCGAAAGAACUCAGCUAUCGUUAAUCGUGCUUAUAAGUUAUCACUUAUUUUAUCAUACCUGGUUGCAAAUGUGCCAUACAAAAACAAAAGAUAAUAAUUUAUUACUAGACGAUAAAUUCGAAUAGAAAAUAUAUAAUUUAUUCGAGUUAACGAUAGGAUAAUAAAUAUUUUUUGAAAAAUAUCAUUAUUUACUCAGGCAAACGUCGUCUCUCUCCCAUCCCAGUAGAAAUAAUUAGUAAGAUGAUACAAAAAAAAAUAAAAGAGGCGCUCUUUCCCUUGCCCCCCCCCCAAUUCAAGUUAGGAUUGUUAACUUUCAAAUUGUGUAAUGUAAGAUAUAUUUUUUCAUUUAUUUUUUUAUAUGAUAGAUAGGUAGUUCAAUAAAAAAUUGAAUGCUAGAAAAAUAGGUGUUAUAAUACUAGGUACGUUUAACAAAUAAUCUUUUACAUUUUAUUUUUACCUUUUUUUCUUAUCUUUAUUUAUUCUUUUGAAUUAAAGAAUUUAGCUAAUAUUCUUAUAAUUUAUUAGAUAUGCAAAUUGUUAGUAAAUUAAUAGGUACAUAUUUAAAAUAUUUAUAAAUUACAAAGUUUAAUAAUAUAUUGCUUACAUUCUAUUAACAUUUGAUUUUUCACACGAUGAUUAAAUCUUAAAUAUAAAUAAUAGUCAAUAGAAUUAGAAAAUUUAACAAAUAUGUAACAAGCUUAAAUAUAGUAGUAGGUAUAUAAUUAUUUAGUACGUUAGAUCAUACUACAGUAGGCAUAUAAGUGUUAAACGAUAACUUAAAACAAGAUAUAAUAAUGAACAAUUAAAAUUUUUUUUUUUUUUUAGACUUACUAUAGUCUUAAACCUAUUAAAGCCUAUAUAUUGAAAUUUUAAAUGUAGGAUUAUUCUAUAUAAGUUUAAAACAUUGUUGGAUGUAAGAUUAAUCAGACAAAUGUAGAACAAUCCUCCUAAACGUAGAACGAUUAAAAACCCUAAUUCAAGUACUGAUUUUAUGUACUUAUUUAAUGUGUAAAUUUACAGCUGAAUUUAUAAAUAAUAGUUUAUAUAAUAUUUAUUAAGUUAAAAUUUUGUAUAUUUUAAGUUUUAUAUCAUAAUAAUAAUGUUUAUCAACACAAAAUCAAAAGGAAAUAAAAAAUAACACAUAGUAAAACCAAUGCAUUCUUUGAUGUGCUCAAAUUCUAAAAUAUAUUCAUAAUUUUAUUAAAGAAAUAAAUGUCAUCAAAUAAUCCAUGAGUCUGUUUCUUACUGCAGUAUAUAUAUAUAUAUAUAUAUAUAUAUAUAUAUAUACGAGAUAUAAGCAGGAUACAUAUACUAUUAUAUGAUAGGUACCUAAGAGUAUUAUUAUAUAGCACUUUAUUUCAAUAUUAGGAUUGACUAACGUCAAUUAAUCAGUCAAUUAACAGAUCAAAGUGUUAAAUUUUAGCUAAAUGACCACUAGUACUAAAACAUUAACUGGUGAAAAUGUAUUUAAAACAAAUAUUAAGAUUAUAAAAUAUCCAUACUGAAUUAUUUAUUUAAUUUUUGUUGAAUGCGUAACAUAAAUAUAAUAUAGGUAUCUACUCGGAUAAGUAUAAAAUAAAUAGGUAUUAGAAACCUAGAAAUUUGUAAUAAUUAAUAAAAUAAUAAACUAUAGUUAAUUAAUAAGAAGUUAAGUACUUAAAAAUUAUGUUGAUCCACCUCAUUAAUUAUAUCUAUUAUUAUUUAAAAUUAUUGUUUAAGAACAUUGUUGAUAUUUUUGAUUUCAUUAAUAUUAAUAUAAUGCAAUGCAUAAACACAUUGAGCAUAAGUACAGAAAAUAUGUUUUGCUGGAUUUCUCACUUUUAGCAGAAAAUUUAGCUAAUAAAAACUAUGCUAAAAAAACGUAGCUAAUCAAAAAUAUGUACAACAUAUAAUAAUUAUUAUAUUAAUUUAUAACCAUGUCGUAUUUACCAUCUCCGUAACAUUAUAAUUUAAAGUUAAUACUCCAAUUUUAAUCUAUAGUCUCAAUUUUUCAUGUAGGUACCUACCAAUAGUUCUAACUUAUAUAAAUUAUUACUGUUUCAUAUUAUAUAUUAUAUGACUUCUGAGUCAUAAAUGAAUACUUUUCCGAAUUAUAAAAAUGUAUCUAAUAUAAUUUGUAGGUCUUAAAAUGCCGAUAUAUGCAAUUAUGGAAGGUAAAGUCACGCCGUAUAUUUUAGACAAAAAUUUUGAACAGUACUUGCCAGUUAUUCCGUCAGAAGUAAGUAUUUUUAAUCAAAUAUAGGUGGUUAUACUAUAUUGAAAUUUGUUCUUCUACGAUUACAUAUAAUAGAUGUCAUCUGUUAUUACGAUAAGUUUUAAUUUUGUAACAAAUUUAAUAGAGUCAUGAUAGGGUGGGUGGUCAGUAACUAUAUAGAUUGUGUGUCGUACGCCUUACGUCAAGGCACAAGAAAAACAAUUUUUUGCAUGUGGAAUUUAAUAUUUUACAAGGGGGCAUGUCCCCUCUUACUACGUCCUCCAAAGGAUGACAUUCAUAUAACAGAUGAAAUCUGGUUUAAUUAUUAUGCACCGAUAGUUAUUUUGCUAACACAAUUUAAACACUUAGGUGGGUUACGUAAACUUUACAUGGAUGUCUGGAAACAAGAAAUAUUUUUACACGUUCGAUAUUCUACAGUCAGACGACAAGAACAUACUGGAACCACCCACGGUGACAGUGAAGACCAGAGGAAAAAUACCUAAGAGACCUAAAGGUAAAAUUAAUUAUUUUGAUAUUUUUUAAAUUGACUAUACAGUGUACAUAUACCUUCAAGUAUGUCUGUAUAGUGUACGAAAUAUGAACUAUAUAAUAUAUGAACAAGUUCAUAUGAAGCCCGGAGACGAUAGUAUAGUAAAAUACGAUCUCUGUAUAGAUACUAAAUAUAACUACUUCUAUUUAUAUAGUUUUAAAAAAUAUACAAUAAAACAGCUGCUACCACAUGUUAUAAUGUUAAACGAGUAUAUUAAACCCUCAAACCAUAUUGGUUUUAGAUAGGUAGGCUGGUAUAAAGUUUGAGCUAUACACGACGGUUUGUCAGCUUAGGAUUCCGCGGAGUCUUUCACUGCGUAUAGUCUAUAAUUAUCGUAUAAAAAACAUAAACAUAUACGUAUAGAAUAUACAUAUUACAUACAUCAUAUAUAGACAAUGUUCGACCGAUCAUUUGUAUCAGUCAGUUUGAAUUAUCUAGUUCGUUGUUCAUUACAUUUUAUUUUCUAUGCCUAUUUACAUUAGCUCCAUCGUUUAAUUUAGAAUCAACACUUUUUUCGACAUACCUACCUAAUAUGUAUUACAAUGGUUUUUAGCUAUUUUAAUUUUUAAAUAUAGUUAUUAAACUAAAAUAGAAUUCAUAAAUGUUAAAUUGUUAAAACCCAUAAGAUUUUAAUUUUUAAACUAAUAUUGAUCUACUUUUAUAGAUAAUAAUAAUAGGUAGGUAAUAAUUUAUUCAGUGAUUUAUUCUCAGGUUUUAAAUUCAUAGACUAAUAAACUAGUAGACGAUUUUAAUGGACUAAAAUAUAGGUAUUACUAGGUAGGUAUUGAAAAUGUACUUGCCUAAUAUAUCUUUAAAUAACGUUUAAUAUAUUUAUUUUUACAUAUAUACAGAUCACUGCGGCAUAACUAAUUUUUAUAUUUUUAUUAUUAUUUAAUAGUAUGUAUAUUGCAUAUAUAUUGCCUAUAAUUCGUACGAUAAUCGUAUAAGUUACAUUCAGUGGAUAAACCAUAGGUAUACUAUAAAAUAUUAUAAAACAUUAAUACAAGCAUUGUUAUUUAUAUGGGCAUGAAUUAACCUAACAAAAUUGAGCUGAUAGGAGCGUUUCACACAGACGUUGCAUUGAUUUUCCUAUACGAGGAUUCCUAUUCCUCGUACACAUAUUACGUACUAUAUUAUAUUUAUAUUAGUAUACUUAUAUUGGUAUUAACACAUUUCACUCACUGUUGAUUUAUAACUGACAUUGAACUUAAUUAUUCGGUAAACCAGAAAAAAAUACGAAUGUUUCAUUCGUUUCAUUAAAUAUACCUAUACGAAUAGACGAUAAAAUUUUACUGGACGAGCUACAAAUAUACGUUCAUUAAAGAUUUAUAAUGGCAUAAACAUAUUCACUUUUAGUUGAACGUGAGCGAUUUCGCACUGUUUAUUAAGGAAGCUUUUCUUACCGAAUACCUAUUCCUGUGAAUUGGUGCAAGUAAGGUAAAUGUCAAAAAAAAAAAAAAAAAUACUAAUAGUUGGGAAAAUACAAUUUUCCGACAUUUCAAAUUUCGAAUAAUUUAACGUAAAAUCCACAAUUAGGAGUAUUAUAUACAUAUUUUGUUACAUUUUUAAUACAAAUUUUGACAUCGGCUUUUUUGUUACCAAUUCACAAACUUAUAUUAUCACUUUUUAGAUGCAGUACAAUUCUCAAAACAAGAGUUCCAAGAAGUUGGAAAGCACCUAUGGGAUAUAUAGAGUAUUUAUUCAGUUAGUAUCGGUACGCAACAAAUAACGAUAAACCAUUUCUAAUGAAAAACAAUUUUGAGCAAAAUAUGAUUAAAUAAGUUUGAUAUACAUAAAAAAUUAAAAAUUGUAUUCAUUUUAUAAUUACAAAAUAAUCUACUAUUGUCUGAGGGUUUUCUUGUCAAAUUGUUGAGCUUUUUAAGCCGCCAAAAUAGAUUUAUCAACAUAAGUCGGAAAAUAAUAUAUACAUCGUAUAAGCGAAAUGCCAAGAUUUUUACGAUUUUCAUCAAGAUUGUAAUUCUAAACGCUUACACAAUAACAAUUCCGAUUUUGGGUUUUCGAUAUUUGUAUGGUAUUUAUAGAACAAUUAUGAAACUCGUAUCAAAUUUUUAAAUAUUUUCAAAAAGUCAAUUAAAUUGUAUCUCUUUAAAAUCAAAUAAAAACUUAACAAACGCCAAAAUGUUAAAUAGGUUCCUAAAACGGUAAUUAUUCAAAAAACGUCAUAAUGUUUUAGAAAUUGUACCAUAUCUAGAAAGGGCUAAUAUAAAUAUCUUGUAUAGAUAUCAGGUCUCUUCGAUUAUUUUAAACUGAAGUACACAGAAAAAAAAAUAAAUAAUAGUAACAAUUUUUUUGUUUUUCGAAGUUAAGAAAAUGAAUCAAAUCAAAAAUGUAUCUAAUGUACCCGUUAACGCCAUCAAAUAGAACAAAAUAUGCGAGACAGAUAUCCAGAGUGAUUCAUUUAAUGUAAAACAUUCGUUAUUUCGUAAAGUAUUGAUUUUUUGACAAUGUGAGAAACGAGUUUUAUUAUUAUUGUUCUUAUCAGUGUCAUUGCUACUGACUCAGGUGUCAGUUGCGAUAUACGCUUCGUGUCGUACGGAGUCGCUCCCCACGUUUGAUAUGUCAGAUUUAAAUAAAUAGUAUAAGUAAUAUUCUUAUAGUAGCUUUCGUGUUUUUCUUUAUUUUAAUUAAUUCCCAACACAAGUAACUGUAAAAUAUUACAUUGUCAUUAGUGAAAUUAUUUGGCCACUUUAAUAUUUAAGGGUGAAACGACUAACUACCUAUACUUUUGUUUUUCAAACCUAUAUUAAACAUUUUAUAAAUAUAUAGAGUAUUAAUUUAAAUAAAUCUUGGUGUUGAAAUUAUUGAUUUUCUUCAACCGUCGACGAGUUAUUCUACUUUUAAGUUUAGGUAGGUGCCAGGAGGGGGAGUAGUUAAGCAUCAUUUGUGUAGCGAUAUAGCGCGCGGGGUUUGACUAGUGCUUCACUACUCUUCCCCUCCUUAAACUUAAUAAUUUUUCCAUCUCGAAAAUUUGAGACAAUCCGUCCCUGCCUCGGUAUAAUUUAAUUAUAAAUAAUUAUAGUAUGUUAAUAAUUUUUACAAAUUAUAUAGUUAUAUACUAUAUUAUAUUUUUACUUAUAUCCAUACUUACUUUUACCCUAGUUAAUAUAUUUUAGUAGAAAUGUAUGUAUAAUAAACAUUGGUUAGAUUAUUAGGUUAUAGGCAUUAGUUUUCUUUAUUAUGAUGCCACACACUCAAUAAUUAAGGGGUGUUAGAUAGAGGAUUUUAAUUUAAAUUUUGAAGAAAAAAAAUGUUUCAAUACUUCACUUUUUUUUUAGGAGUCAAGGCCUUUAAUAUCAGCUUUCCAAAUAUAUAUUCCUCCAUCGUCCAUCGAUCUCUAUUCUCCGCUGUUUCCUACCAUUAUAUUCCAGUUUCUACAUCUUCAGCUACACAAUGUUCUCCCACCUUAAGCGAGGUCACCAUGUGAGUUGUUUUCAUACAGGAUUGUACUCAAUUACGAUCUUCAUUAUUCAUCCCUGUUUUCUCUAUGCAUGCCCUGCCCAUCUUAAUCUUCUAAUUGAAAUUUCUUUUGUAAUGUUAGGGCGUUGAAAAACUUCCUGGAGUUAUUGAUUAUAUCGUAGGUAGGUUCACUCCUUCACUCCUCGGUCCAAAAAUCCUUCUUAGAAUUUUUUUUUUCAAAACCUUUUAACCUUAUUUCUUCUGUUUUUCUGAGAGGCCAAGUUUCUGAACUGUAUAGCACCAUCGGCCAUGUUAAAGUUGCAUACGUGGACUUCUUUGAUUUCACUUUAGCUCUUAGUAAUUGUCCCAAAUAAAAAAAAAAGUUAUUACCUUUUACGAGCCUAAUAUCAACUUUUAUAUUUUUUCCAUUAGUUACUUUUUUUAUCCGGUAAUUUUCUAAACUUGUAAUUAAUCUCUUUUCUAUUCACUAUUAGAUAUUCUGUUUUAUUUUCAUUGAUUUGAAAACCAAUUUUUUCCGCAGUUUUUAUGAGUUUUCUUCAUGACGAUUUAACUUCUAUUAUAUUAUUCCCUACAAUGGCAAUGUCAUCUGCAUAAGCCAAAAGCACAACAGUUUUUUGCCCAAAUGAAAAACCUACCGUGACAUUCGUUUCUCUAAUACUAAGUUAAAAAUAAUUGGUGAUAAUGCAUCUCUCUACCUCAGUUCCAUUGUUACUCUGGUCGGUUUUUAAGCUCUAUUUGCUGUUUUCACAAUAUUUUAUGAUAUUUUCAACUAGUUUUAUUAAUUUAUUUUAUUUUAUUAAUCAGACUAGGUGUAUUAGUCGAAUCAUAGAACUUUUUAAAGUCUACGAAUAAUACGCACAGAUUUUUAUCGAAUUCCCAUAACUUUUGAAAAAUUUGCUUUAAAAACCACAUUGUAAAUCCCCCAGUAGUUUUUCCGUGUGAGGUUUGAUCUUGUCCAAAAUGCCAUUAUAAUUGUUAGUCAUAUGAAUUUUUUUUUUGUAUACUGAACAGAUUAAUAUCGAGUCCCAAUUCUGUGGUUCUUCUCAUCUUCCCAAACAUGCUCCAUUAAUGUUAGUGUGUAAUUGUUUCUUCGUUUUGUGCUUUCAAGAUUUUAUUUUAAAUUCCGUCUAACCCGAAUGAUUUGUUGUUCUUCAGUUUGUUAAUCUGCGAUUCAGUUUCUUGUAUUGUUCGUGUCCAUAAAAACAUCUCUACCGGAUCUUUACUAUUGAGUAAGUUAAAGUUUUCAAAGUAUUCUGUCAGUUUUUUUUUUUUUAUAAAUUGCUAUGAUGUUAUUAGAGUUCCAUCCUCUAAUGACCUAAACAUAGGUCACCCUUCAUACGUUUUGGUUUUUUUGUUUUUAUAUAUUAGUGAACACGCUUUUUAUUUCAGUUAUGAAUUUACUGUUAUUGCUUUAUUAAUAUUUGAUAAUAAGUGUUUACUUUUGUGCAUUUUUUGUCUUGUAUCAUAGAUCUUAUAGGUACUUAGUAUAAGACUCACCUUUGGUAUAAGAUCUAUGUCUUGUAUACAGUUUUUUUUGUUUGUUUUAUCAAGUACUUACCCACUUAGUAUUUAUUUUUUUGGCUUAAAGUAGGUACCUACCUAAUGCAUAUUGUAUGUAAGUGGUAAAAGAACUUGUAUGGCAAACCUCUUAAAAUUACAAUAAAUACAUUAACUAAAAAUGUACUUUUUAUUAAUUCUGUAUAUAAUCCUCAUAGAGACAGAAAAAAAUGUCUUUUACUAAUAUUAUUAUUAUGAUUAUUGGUUUCAGUGUUUAGCAUUUUAUUACCUUGUUCAGGUAAUAAUUCGGGUAUAGCCAGUUUCAGCAUACGGUUAUUGAUACAAAACAGAAAAGGUCGUGCUCUGCCUGAUACACCAUUAAAAGUGAAACUCAGAAAAGAGUGUAUGGUUAGAGGUACAAGUAAAAGUACAAGUAAGAAACAAUGCUUCGCCUUAAUUAAUAAUAUAAUCAAUCAAUAAUCAUACAGCCCACUUAAUGAUCCAUUUUUAGGGUUCCGUACCGUAUGGUCUAACGGAACCCAUUUAUUGUUGCAACUCUGUCUGUUUUUUUCGCCCGUUUGUCAAAGGCUUCUAACUUCUAAAUGAAAUACAACUUGAAACUCACACAUAAUAUUAUUCAUAACAGCCAAUUAAACAAGAAAUCCUAAAAAGUUCAUUAUACAAUAAAAAGAAAGUUGUAAGUAAUUUAUAAACGCAAAAAUAGUUUGGGACCCAUAGUGCGCGAGUAAACUUAAACUUAACCAAUUUUAUUAACUUCCAUUAAAUGCUAGUAUUAUAUAAUAUAUUGUAAUAAUAUAAUUUUAACCGUAGUAAUAAAAUAGUUUACCAUAGUAGGUAAAUUAAAAAAAAUUAGCACGCAUAUAAUAGGUAGUUAUUAGUUUCUGGAUCAUAGUUUAAUAUAAUAAUCAAUAUAAAUGUCUAACAAUUUUGCCACAGAAGAAAUAGUUUUUAAAACAAUAACAUUUUAUAUUAUUUUGUCAAAAAAAAAAAAAAUUAUUUGACAAAACUAAUUGAAAGGGAUUUGGAAACUACAAAUUUGCUUUUAUAUCUCCUUGAAUACCUAACAAUUUAUCUUUGCAAUGUUUAGUUCACAGAAUCAUUAAGGCAUUAAAUAAUUUACUUUAUUUUCAAACUAAGGUUACUUAUACAUUUUAUAUGCUCUACAGGAUUACACUCCUAUUUGAAUUACCUAAAAUUAAUCAUGUGAUCAGAUUGAAGAGUUGGUACAGAUACAAACUUUUUAAGUCAUUAACUGUAUAUCAUUUUUACCACUUUAUCCUUGCUUUCUAAAAUUAACUUUCAAACUUCUAGCCAUUUCGUUUGCUUUUCAUACUUCAUUAUUAUGAAUGCAAUCACAUUUUAUACCUACUGCAUGAUGCAUUUAAUUAAUGAGUCUAUUGAGUUAGAUUAGUUUUUAUACAUUCAAUUUGCCCAACUUAUUAUGUAUGUUGUUAUUAUAAUUUGUGUAGGUACUAUAACUAUAACUAAACGUUUUUAAUCUAGACUAUUAAAUUAAUAAAUAAAUAGUUUGUAAUAUUGAAUUUAUAAAAAUUGAUUAGCUAAAUAAAUUGGCAAUUUAUUUUUUAAACAGUCAAAAGGUUUUUGGGAAAAAAUGUUUAACUGAUGAUUUUUUAGUGUAAAAUAAUUUGUAUAAAUAUUAUUAUGAAAGGUCCAGACUUAGAAUGCGAUAAAAAAUGUGAGAACAAUGGUUGGUGUAAUGCAGAUAAAAUAUGCCAGUGUCCUGAAGGAUAUAUGGGGCAAUACUGCAAAACAGCUUUGUGCUAUCCACAAUGUAUGAAUAAUGGGACGUGUGUUGCACCAGGUGUCUGUCGGUGUCCAUUAGGAUUUCAAGGGCCACAUUGUGAAGGAGGUAGUUUUAACAAAAUGUUUACAUUUAUUCUAUUAAAAAAAUAUAAGCUUUAGAAAUUAGUUAAUAACAAUUAACAAUAUUAAUAAAAACUAUAGUCUAUAUUUUAUUAUAUUUUCACCCUAAGAGUUUUUACACUCUUUUUGCCACCUCUAUGGCUACUUUACAUCCACCCUUAAUAACUUGUGUUAAUGCACUGUAAAACGGAGCUUGUUCAGCUCCAUGUUCAAUACCACAGUCAUGAUGUUCUUGUUCUUCAUCUCUAAACUUUUUAAUGGUUUCAAGAAGUUCCUUGUCAGCUUCUGGGUCUUCCAUUAAGUUACGAAGUUGGUCAUUGUAGUGGUCUACAAUAACUGUCUCAACAGCAACAGUGCAAGCCAUAGCAGCUUUAGGACCCAUAAGUGCUGUACCUAUAAUAUAUUAUAUAUAUAUAUCAAUUUUUACAAACUAUUUUAUUUUUAAUUCAAUAAUUUAAAUAACAUUUACCAGCUCCGAGAAUAUAACCGGCACAAUGCCAUAAAGGAAAUAGCAAUGAUGGCCGUGCUCUACGUUGUCUUAUAAGUUCUUCGAACUUAGAUCUAUGUACUUUUUCUUGUUCCCACAUUUCUUUAAUCUUAGGGCCCACACUAGAAUUUCCUAUAAAUGAAAGAAACCUUUUCAACAUUAAGCUUAAUUAAGAUAGCUUAGAAAUGUUUUUAACGCACCUAAUACAGCCAUCUGUCCAGCAUAUAUACGAUCAGCUCCAAGUUCCCCAGCAUGAUUGACUCUUAUGAGACUAUCUAACUUUUUAUUAGCACCAUGUAAACCUCGUUGACAAAUCAUUUUUGAAAACAUGAUUUUUUUCUGAAUCAUAACUUUUAUUUUCUAGUCUACACACAUAUAAAAAAAAUAAAUAAAUGAGAAGAUAUUUAUAAAAUAUUAAAUAUUGUACUUUUUACAGGUAUUUGUGGAGAAAAAUGUUUAAAUCAUGGAAAAUGUAUACAAAAAGACACAUGCCAGUGUCCAAAGGGUUUUUAUGGUUUACGGUGUGAAUACUGUAAGUUUAUCUUAUUUGAACAUUGUUUUUUUCCUAUAGAUAAUUUAAAUUUUUAGCGAAAUGUAUUAUACCAUGUUUAAAUGGUGGAAAAUGUAAAGGAGUAAACAAAUGUCGCUGUGUUUUUGGAUUUCAAGGAGAUCAUUGUGAAAUUGGUCAACCUAUAAAACAAUAUUAUAAUUGUAAACGACCAUGCCGUCAUGGAUAUUGUACUGUAAACAAAACCUGCCGAUGUCAACAAGGAUGGUUUGGAAAAUUUUGUCAGAAAAGUACAUUAAUAGUUUAACUUUUAAUUGAAUUGUAAACCAUUUGUGACUGAUUCAAUUUUUAAUUUAGAAAUAUUUAAGCCAAAACAAGAUAAUCCUAGAUCAGAAUAUCUACAUUCUUAUGAAGAUGAUGAUGACGAUAUGGAUGAUUAUGAUUAUGAUGAAGUGCCCAAGAAUCAACACCGAUGGCAUUGAUUUUAUAACCAAUGUGAAAUUUAUAAUGUUAAGUUUAAAAAAAAAAAUUGUAUAGAUACUGUGAUUUGUAAAGUAAAUUAAAAAUAUAUUACAUUAUGUAUAACAUUUUUAUUAUAAUUAUGUAAUAAAUUAAAGCCGAGAUAAAACCCGGUGUGUUUAGUUUUAGCUAACCAGUAACUUUAUUUUAUUUAAUGAAAAUAAAAUGUAUUUAACUAGUCGUUAAAAUAAUAAUAUUGAUUGUAAAAGUCAAAACUCAAAAUAUGUAACAAUAUAAAUAAAAUACAUACUUAUUAGUUGUUAUGAAAUUAAUACACA